AUGAAAUGCUAUUUGUUAUUUGUUGCUAUUCAUGAUUCACGUUAUGAAUAUCUUUUUGUGCAGGAGUAUAAAAUUCCAGAUUUUGAGGAAUUUGUCAAUGAAGUGAUUGGUAGGAUUUCAAACAUUCCCUUGGAAAAAUUGUAUGAAAACUACUUUGAGAAAUCAACACAGAGAAAAUGUUACCCAGUAUUAGGUGGUGUCAGAAAUUCGCCUCAACAAGAAUUACUAUCAAGUAUCAUAGCUGAUUGUGGCCUACCAAGGACUAAUUCUGCGAAGAAAAUCCCAAAAAGAGAAAAGAAAAACACUAGUGGGAAUGGCUUUUCGAAAACUGGGAGUGAACUCCAAGUACAGGAAGCAGACGGUGUACAGUAUCAAGACUUACCAGGAACCUGGGUUGAAUGUAGCUUUUGCUCCAAGUGGCGUUACCUACCGAAUGUUCAUGAUCCUUCUCAGUUAGAAUCCUCAUGGUAUUGUGCUUUAAAUCCCAAAUACUCUAGAAUAACACCUCAUGAUUCUUAUUCAAAUAAAUAUAUUCAUAAUCCAUGCGAAGAACCUGAGGAUUUUAGUGCUGUUAGACAGGAAGAUGAUUUCAUUUUUGGACAUUUUUCAGUGGGAUCUGUGGUUUGGGCUAAGAUUCAAGGUUAUCCAUACUGGCCAGCCAUGGUUUAUUACAGUAGUCAAGGGAAAUAUGCUGAAUUCGAUUCGAACAGCAAAGAGGUGACUCACUACAAUGUAGUCUUCUUAGAUCCAAGCUGUUCAACAAUGAGCCGAGUGACAUCAAGUAGAGUUCAUAAGUUUACCACAUUUGACGAAAUGGAUCUUAAUAAAGUACCUAAACGAUUCUGGAGGAGACUACGAGCAGCUGGACAAGAGGCUGAAGAUGCUCUGCUGCUUAGCGUAAAGGAUAGGAUAGCAGCAUAUGGGUAUGCUCAUCAAUCUGAAGAUAUUGCAGUCAAGAUAAGACCUAAAGAAAUCAAAUCCAAAGACAACUCGCAAGUGGGAAUUAGUUUACCAACUCAUCAAAGUAUGUUAGAAUGCUGCUGUCCAAAUGGUGUGAAGCAGAAAAGAGUUUAUAGACGAAAAUCAUCCAAAAUAUCUUCAAGCUCAACUGUCGAGAACUCAAAUCAAGGAACUGAAUACAGUUUGAACACCAACUGCAAUAGUUUACCAAAUGGUGUUGAAUGUAGUUCUAAAGACAACUCGCAAGUGGGAAUUAGUUUACCAACUCAUCAAAGUAUGUUAGAAUGCUGCUGUCCAAAUGGUGUGAAGCAGAAAAGAGUUUAUAGACGAAAAUCAUCCAAAAUAUCUUCAAGCUCAACUGUCGAGAACUCAAAUCAAGGAACUGAAUACAGUUUGAACACCAACUGCAAUAGUUUACCAAAUGGUGUUGAAUGUAGUUCUAAAGACAACUCGCAAGUGGGAAUUAGUUUACCAACUCAUCAAAGUAUGUUAGAAUGCUGCUGUCCAAAUGGUGUGAAGCAGAAAAGAGUUUAUAGACGAAAAUCAUCCAAAAUAUCUUCAAGCUCAACUGUCGAGAACUCAAAUCAAGGAACUGAAUACAGUUUGAACACCAACUGCAAUAGUUUACCAAAUGGUGUUGAAUGUAGUUCUAAAGACAACUCGCAAGUGGGAAUUAGUUUACCAACUCAUCAAAGUAUGUUAGAAUGCUGCUGUCCAAAUGGUGUGAAGCAGAAAAGAGUUUAUAGACGAAAAUCAUCCAAAAUAUCUUCAAGCUCAACUGUCGAGAACUCAAAUCAAGGAACUGAAUACAGUUUGAACACCAACUGCAAUAGUUUACCAAAUGGUGUUGAAUGUAGUUCUAAAUCACAGAAAAAAUUUCAAACCGCUAACAGUUUUCAAUCUCUUCAAACUUCAACUAACGUAAAGCAAAAAAGGGUUUAUAGACGUAGAUUGUCGAAAAUUUCAUCACCAACCACUGGAAAGUCAAAGAUGGAAGCUGAGUAUCCCCUAAAGACUAUUUGUAAUUACUCUGUGAAUACUAGUGGGUACAGUAUAGAGGUAAAUGAUGCAAUGUGUAUCUUGAGUUAAUUUGUUUGAAAGUAGGAUGCAAUUUAGUAGUGUUUAUCUAUUUCUAUAAGACUGAAACAAAUAAUCGACAAACAUUUUGUCUUUGCAUAUCCUUACGGUAGUUCUCAACUAUAGGUAAAGGUCCCUGCAUUUUGUGGUCCCUAAACUCUGCGUUACUUUUAAAAUUACCUCGAUCAUAGGUGGAGCAGAAAAAAGGUUAUUGUAUUAUCAUUAAGAGCAGAACUUCUGUAGAUAUUUUGAGUAGUUUCGUCACGAACUGUUUCAGUGCAUUGAACAAUUGAGUAGGAAGGCGUGUUUUCAAGAAUUUUCAGGCUUAACUUCCCUUUUUUAUGAAUUUGAAAAUAGUAAGAAACGCCUCUCUAUUCACUCGUACUAAUUACUUAAUGGAAUGAUUAGGAUGCAGGGUGGAAUAUCCAGAGGAAUUUUGCUCCCAUUAUUCUUCUUGCUCUUUCUAAGUUAAUUAAGAUAAAUUCAUAUAUGCAAAUAUUAUUAAUUGGAUCUGCUUCUUAUCAUUACUUAUUCUUCAUUGCUAUUAGUAAUCAAAUUAUUCUCAAUAAUUUGAUUAUGCAGGAAAUCGGUUGAUAGAUUUUAUCUUAGUUAUGUCUGUCGAAAGGAAUUAAUCUACUUCAGUAUUGCGUAUACACCCUGCUGUAUUGUGAAACCAAAUAAGUAAUCUGUUAAACAUUAUUACAUUAUAAAAUGAAAUGACUCAGUAGGAGAGACGGUGUACGUUUUUGAGAAGCUACUAUUAAUCCUUACAAAUAAAAAGAGAAAAUUAUUGUCGUAUUAUUUAAAUACAACACUUCUUUCUUAUUUCGGUGUCACUGAAAAAAUGGAACCAUUUUUUACAAAUUUCCACUUAGUUGUAACUUUGAGUGCCUUUUUAGUACUUCCAUUUGAUUCUAAUGUAUUCUAGUUCUGCUUUUUUAAGAAUGAGCGUAAAAAUAAGAGUCUGAAAUAGAAAUUGCCCAGCCAGCUUAUUGCAAUAUGCUGACCUCUUCCUCUCUGAGGUGACCGUCGAUUUGAUUUAGUAUAAAGUCCUAAUUGAAAAAAGCAAUCGAUUUGAUCGAUUUUUGUCCAAAGAUCUUGAUUCAAAUGCCUGGGAAGUGUUAGAGCUGUGGUUCAUUGGUUUAGUGAGAUAACUAUCAAUCAGUGGGUCACGAGAACGAAUCCCAAUCCAUCUACCGAUGCUUAGGCAGCCAGGUAGUAUCAAUAACCGUCACGCAACAGGUGCGGCUCAUUGCCCAGUGCACGGGUAUACACAAGGUUGAUGAGUGCUUUUCAAUUUCCCGACUGGAAAAACAGCUGGUUUUAUUUUGUCAAUAAUUUCCAAUAAGCCUGAUUAGUG